CAGGAUUCAUCGGCUAUUCAUUGUGCUUAAUGUACAUGUUUCUGCACCGUGCAUUUAGGAGAUCCCAGAGAAGAAUCCAAAACGGCUGCGGGGGAAAGACCACCAAACAUGCCUACAGAAACACUACCGACAGGUAGCAUGGUGAAGCCGGUCAGCCCUGCCGUGACUUUCACGUCCGCCGUUCCUCUCCGCAUCCUGAACAAAGGACCCGACUAUUUUCGCAGGCAGGCGGAGCCUAAUCCAAAAAGACUGAGCGCGGUGGAGAGGCUAGAAGCCGACAAGGCGAAAUACGUCAAGAGCCAGGAGGUCAUCAACGCCAAGCAGGAGCCUGUGAAGCCGGCGGUGCUGGCGAAGCCGCCGGUCUGUCCCGCAGCCAAGCGAGCACUGGGGAGCCCCACCUUGAAAGUCUUCAGCAACAAUGCAAAGACCGAGAGCGGCGUCCAGAGAGAAAAUCUGAAACUCGAGAUCUUGAAGAACAUCAUCAACAGCUCCGAAGGCUCCAGCUCGGGUUCAGGGCAUAAGCACGGUCCCCGAAACUGGCCGCCCCACAGAGCUGAUUCGACGGAGCUGAACCGACACUCGUUCGCCGAAUCUUUGAAGGUUUACCCCACGCAGGGCCGUAGCAGCCCACAGGAGAGCAGCUCCAACGUCAGCAGAAGGCUCCUAGAUCAGUCGGCAGAGACUUUCUUGCAUGUCUCUCACAGCUCCUCAGACAUUAGGAAAGUAACUAGUGCAAAGCCCUUAAAAGCAAUACCCUGCAGUAGUUCAGCCCCACCUCUGCCUCCAAAGCCCAAAAUCGCUGCCAUCGCCACCCUGAAAUCCCCAGAGAUUGAGGCAGUCGAGUCUGGAUGCGGAGUUAGUAGAAGACCCUCCCUACAGCGAUCAAAAUCAGACUUAAGCGACAGAUACUUUCGUGUCGACGCAGAUGUUGAACGAUUCUUUAACUACUGCGGACUGGAUCCUGAAGAGCUUGAAAACCUCGGGAUGGAAAACUUUGCAAGGGCUAACUCUGAUAUUAUAUCCCUCAACUUUCGCAGUGCAAGCAUGAUUAGCUCAGACUGUGAACAGUCUCAGGACAGCAACAGUGACCUUAGAAACGAUGACAGUGCCAAUGACCGUGUGCCAUACGGCAUUUCUGCCAUUGAAAGGAAUGCCAGAAUCAUCAAGUGGUUAUAUAGCAUCAAGCAAGCUAGAGAGUCACAGAAAGUGUCCCAUGUGUGAGAGAAAAAUCCACCGUAGAAAAAGCAAGGACUGUAUCUUUGUCUGUGAAUAUUCAGUUGUGAAGGGUUGUGAAGUCUACUUGAAGUCUUGUACACUUCUCAAAUCUCUUUGUGUUGCUUGUUGUGCAAUGUUUCCAAGUUGCAUGCCUGUCAACAUGUGAGCUGACCUGGCUUCCACUUGAACAAUAACCAACUACAAAGCCUGGCUGAGCAUACACAUUAUCUGCCAAAAGUUUAAGACAAGAAUCUAAUUAGGGCUUCAGUAUAAUCAAAGUGUUUACAUGGAAAGGUUAUAUGACUUCUUUGGUAUUUAUGUGGUUACUUGUGGAUUUUAUAUAUGUCACUUUUUGUCUUAAUACAGAUAUUGUCAACUGACGUUACUAGUUUCUAAGUUGAAACAGAAUCCCUUUGGGGGGAAGAAAAGCAAAAUUGGCCAAAAUAAGAGGUUUAGGCAUAUGACGAUAGGCAAAGCAGCCUUAUCUCUUGUAGAAAGUGCAUUAUUGGCACAUGUAAAACUGUUUCUAAAAGGCAAAGAAGGCUACUUUCUUAAAUUAUAUAUUGUUGUUAAACUAUAUAUCCCUACUUGUAGUAUGGGACUGUUCAGUAAAGGUUUCUUUUUUCUAGGUAAGCUCCCUCAGUUUUACAGCAGAAGUAGUCUAGUGAAUCUGCUUGACCUCUCAUAAACUAAAUGAGUCUUGCAUUUGGGUUGGUGUAAGCAUUUUAAUGAUUUUGUAUUAUCCCUGUUGGAAAAGCUUAAAGAAGGUUGGAAUCAACAGAUGAAAAUGGCGUAGGUGUGGGAUUUUGUGGGUUUGGCUUUUACUCAAAGAUUCCUGGUCUUAAACUUUUGACAGGAAUGAUUAGAUCCUAUAGCUGAUACUGAAUGCCUUUAUUAGUCAAACACAUCAUGACUACAAACUCCAUGCUGUCUUUUAAUUUCUUGUAGACCUAUUUGAACAGUUAAUGAACAAAAAUGGAAACACACAGCCAUAUCAAUAUAACGCCUCCUAUUCAGAAGUAAAUACACUCAGUAGCUGAAAUAUAUCUGAAAAAUUGUGAUUAUGUUGUCUUGCAUAUGUUAUAUCUAAGGCUGUGAAAGUUUGUUACAGCUCUAGGAAAGUGUAGAAACAUGACAGUA